UUUCCAAAAAGAUCUCUCUCUCUCUUUCUCUCUCUCUCUCUCUCUCUCUCUCUCUCUCUCUCUGUGUGUGUGUGGCGCUAGGGUUAGGGUUAGGGUUUCUGCAACCUGAAUCGAUCGUGGUGUGAUUUCGCAGCCGUCAAUGGUCUCACAUCUUCGAAAAUUUCUUCAUUUCUGCAACUCGAUUUUAGAUAGCUUCUAGUUCCCAUGGCUAGCGACACACCUCUGGUUUGUGUGGUCCAUUUGGGUGGUUCGCUUGUGAGCGACAAGGAUGGGUCCAUAUCGUAUACUGGUGGAGAAGCCCAUCUCACGGAUGUCGACCGCGGAAUGACAUUCGAAGAGUUUAAGGCGGAGAUUGCAGAGAUGCACGGUGGAGAUAUCUCUGGAUUGUCGUUUAAGUAUGUUCUUCCGACGAACAGACGAACCCUUAUCACUAUAUCAAACACCAAGGAUUUGAGACGCAUGGUCGAUAUUAAUCGCGAAACUCCCUCGCCAGAGAUCUACGUCUUGGCAAAGGGGAUCGUUCCCCUGAACCCUGCUCCUGAUACCAACAACACUCCAAGCAGGAUACCUACGAACACUAUAGUUGAGUUGCCAACCCCAACACCCCUCGCUUGUGAUAGGCCAAAUAAAUUGAGUGUUUUAUGGGACAACGAAAUUACUGGUGUAGGUCAGUUGUUCAUGGAUGUGCAUGAGUUUCGUGAAGCUCUACGUAAAUAUGCCAUUGCAAAGAAUUUCGGGUACAGACUUGUUAAGAACAAUCGUACCUCAGUAACUGCCAAAUGCAAAGGUGAGGGUUGUUCAUGGAGGAUACAUGCUUCUAGAGUUUCAACCACAAAAGUCAUCAAGAUUAAAGUUUUUAAAGAUGUGCAUACAUGUGACAGAGUCAUCGGAACACAGAGCCAUCCACAUGUAACAAGGUUCUGGAUUGCAAAUAUGAUAAAGAAGAAGCUUCAUGAAAGUCCAGAUUACAAAGUGUCAGAUAUCGUCAAAGACAUUGAUAGGGAUUACGGCUUGAAACUGAAGUAUAAACAAGCAUGGCGUGGUAUGGAGACCGCAAGGGAGCAACUUCUUGGCAAGGAUGUGGAUUUUUAUAAACAGUUGCCACGUUACUGUGAAAAACUGAUUGAGACCAAUCCAGGUAGCAUUGCUGCAUUGUCUACUACAGCUGAAGAUCGUUUCCAUCGUCUUUUUGUAUCAUUUCAUGCAUGUAUUCGCGGGUUUGAGUGUGGUUGCCGGCCAUUGGUUUUCCUUGAUCGUACCCCACUGAAGUCAAAGUAUGGGGGAGUUCUACUUGUUGCUGCUUCAGUAGAUGGAAAUGAUGAAAUCUUUCCAAUUGCCUUUGCUGUAGUUGAAGAAGAAGACUAUGAUAGUUGGCACUGGUUCCUUCUUCAAUUGAGGUCUGCAUUGUCAUCUCCCAUGCCGUUAACAUUUGUAUCAGAUAGGUCUAAUGGAUUAAAGGAAGCUGUGUCACAAGUGUUCGAAAAUAGCGAGCAUGCCUAUUGCUUGCGCCACUUGACCAGAAGUUUGAAGAAGGAAAUGCGGACAUCUUCUAAAGAAGUUAAAGAUGUGUUGGUGGAACUAUUUCUUUCUGCUGCGAGAGCACGCAGAAAAGAUGAAUUUGUUGCUUGCAUUGAGAACAUGAGAUCCGUGUCACCUGAAGCAGCUACUUGGGUGAUGUGUUUCCAACCUGAACUAUGGGCAAAUUUAUUCUUCAAAGGAAUGAGGUACAACCAGUUAUCUUCAAAUGUUAUAGAAUUCAUAGAUGGCUGGAUAUCAAAAGCAUGUGACUUCCCAGUUCUUAAACUGAUGGAAGUCAUACGCUCUGAGAUAGCACAGUUAAUUUGUGCACGUUUGGAGGAUGCAAGUAAGUGGAACACAAGUCUAACACCUAGAGCAGAAGAAAAAUUGCACAAGGAGAUAAAUUGUGCUUCUUUACUUUCUGUUUCAGUCUCCUCUGCCUCAGUGUUCGAAGUGGUUGAUGAACAUAGUAACAUAGUUGACCUUGAGAAGUCAGAAUGCACGUGCCUCAACUGGAAGCUGACAGGUGUACCAUGUAGGCAUGCUAUUGCUUCACUUAGUUUCAUUGGUAGAAAUGCUUAUGAUUUUUGUGAAAAGUACUUCACUUCUGAUCAUUAUAGACUCACUUAUUCAGAAACCAUCAACCCUGUACUUGAUAUGGAUUCCAUCAGUUCUAUCUCAAAUAUUGAGAUGGUAGAUGAUUCAUAUCCGAAGGUAGAGCUUCCUAAGGCCCAUCGAACACCAGGUCGUCCUAAGAAAAGGCGAAUUGAACCCAUUGACCUUGACAAAAGAACUUUUUUAUGUGGUAUAUGCAAAGGGCCGGGUCACAACAAAAAAACAUGUAAGGCUCUUGUAUUGUGAAGAAACUGAUUCAUCUGGUUUAACAUGUUUAUAUAUUUUUGAGGCUAGUGCUUUCAUGUUUAUUAA